CCAUCCGUGGUUUCAACAUGGACGCCCCGGUGCAGCAAACUACUUUAAAUCAACCUGCUGAAAGCGGACUUUAGCGUCCCUGUCUGAUGCGCGGGGGGGGGGUUCUCUGGUCAAGGGUUGGGUGGUUUGGAGGUUCGUUCGGACGUGAUUUAAUAUGAGCUGUGCGCGUGCGUGACCAGAUGGACCCCGGGCGGGUCACCGGGGCGCACGCAGAGGUCAGCGGUCUACCUGCGCCUGUUUCCGCCCACGUGAGAGACGAGAAGCUCGCGGAGCUCCGGACGUACACCGUGAUUACAGAGUGGAGUCAGACUGACCUGGUCCGAGGAUCGAGACUUCGCUACUCGCAGCAGUGGACUCUGAUCACAGACACCAACGACCACAAGAGCAUCAGGACUGUCCUUCCACCAGGACCCUGCGUGCCUGUGUCUGGAGAGCUGCUGAGUGGACUCUCUCCCGUUCAAGGCCUUCGGGCCGUCAUCAGGGAAACAAGUGGCCACCAGCUCCUCGAGAUAUGGGACCGCCAGGGCCUCAGGAAGUGCCUCAACCUGAGCGCUGUCAACAAACACGGCCGAGUUUACGAUGACGCCCAGUUUGGCUGCCUCUCAUGGUCGCAGUGCGAGAACAAGCUGCUCUACGUAGCUGAGAAGCUUAAGAGCACGUGGAUGGUAACGCACGAUGGGGAACAUGCAUUCAGGAAGGACAGGAGUGUGUACUGUGAGGACUGGGGUGAGACGCUGACCAAUAAGAGCGUCCCGGUGGUUUGUGUGGUAAAUCUGCAGUGCGGCUCCGUCAGCGUCCUGCAGGGCGUCCCGCUCGACGUCUCACCUGGACAGGCUCUGUGGGCUCGCGGCGGUCAGUCUGUGUUUCUGGUCGGUUGGUACCACGAACCUUUCAGACUCGGACUGCGGUUCUGCUCCAACCGCAGGUCUGCGUUGUUCAAACUCGACCUGGAUGGAAACUGUGAGUGUCUGUCUGGAGACAACUUGUCAGUGUCGUGUCCCAGGCUCAGCCCAGACGGGUCCACGCUGAUCUACCUGCAGGGCAGAGUGUUUGGACCUCACAAUCAAUGCCUCAGUCUGCAGCAGUUGGACCUUAGCAGCAAGAGGACGUCCACCCUGUUGGAUGUGGUCAACAGACCACAGACUGGUCAGUGUGCAGGUGUGUAUGAAGCGCUGCCAGCCUGCUGCUGGUCUGCAGACAGUCAGAGGGUCGUGUUCAGCAGUGCACGAAGAAACUGGAAGGAUCUUUUUAUGGUCGACAGAAGAUCCAACAAAGUUACUUCCCUUUGUGAUAUUCCUCCCCCUUAUUGUGACUCUCACUUUCCUCCUCCUCCUCCCGCCCAUUUUCCUGAUCCUCCUCUCCCUCCUCCACCACCUUCUCACCUUCAUCAGGAGCACCAGAGGAAUCAGGAAGGUCUCUCUGAUCUUCCAGCUUACGGCAGCUGGAGGCUGCUGACGGUCCAGGAGGACCUGAUGGUCGUCUGCUGCUCCAGCCCGAACACACCUCCUACUCUGAGGGUGGGCUUCCUGCCUCCAGCGGGUGGGGCUGUGAGCUGGCAAACUCUACAGCCCCCCGUCCUGACCUUUGACUUCCAGUGGACGGUUUUGGAUGUUACACCUCCACCAGAGGAGGACAACACACACUACCCUGGUUUAGACUUCGGGGCCGUCUUGGUUAAACCGUCUCGACCCCCCAAUGAAAACAAGACGCCUCUGGUGGUCUCCGUCCAUGGCGGGCCUCACUCCCAGUUCCCAGCCGAGUGGAACUGCACCACAGCUGGAUUGGCUAAACUCGGCUUUGCUGUGCUCAUGGUGAACUAUCGGGGGUCCACGGGGUUCGGCCAGGACGGCAUUUUGUCCUUAAUCGGUCGGAUCGGCAGCCAGGAUGUGAAAGAUGUGCAGGCCGCUGUUGCCGCCGCGCUGCAGAGAGACGUCUCCCUCGACCCCGAUCGACUGGCUGUGAUCGGCGGUUCUCACGGCGGUUUCCUCUCCUGUCACCUGGUUGGUCAGUACCCGGAGUUCUACAGAGCGUGCGCGGCCAGGAACCCCGUCAUUAACGCCGCUACUUUAUUGGGCACCAGCGACAUAGUAGACUGGCGAUACACUAGUGUGGGCUUCCCAUACUCGUAUGACCAGAUACCCACUGCUGAAGCCCUGGCCGCCAUGCUGGAGAGGUCCCCCAUCACACAUGCUGCACAGAUCAAGGCUCCAGUGUUACUGAUGCUGGGAGGCAGAGACAGGCGAGUGUCUCCUCACCAGGGCCUGGAGCUCUAUAAAGCCCUGAAGAGCAGAGCUUCCCCUGUCAGGUUGUUGUGGUUUCCAGAUGAUGGACAUUCUCUGUCCAGAGUGGACACACAGGCCGACUGCUUCCUCAACACAGUGCUGUGGCUGCACCAGCAUCUCUGAACACACACACGCACACACACACACUGAUGAAGCUUUGCUGAAGGAGUUCUGUAGCUCACUAAAGAGGAUAAAAUGGUUUACUAUCACGGCAGUUGACAGUCUUGAACAUUUCUAUGCCUUUUUGAAAAACCAAUAAUGUCCAUUUAUCCAUGUGACAAUGUACUCAACUUUGAAAAGCUUUUACAAAUCAACGCAUGCAAUAAAACAAUCUUGUAAACGAUA